AGGGGGGAGCAACCAUCACCUGGGCGAGACGUGGUCGAUGAUGAUGUAUGAUGUCAAGGACGAUGGCGAACAUCACAUCGACGACACGCUUCUCUGUCACUCCUGCCUGAUCGGUGUAUCUCUGUUUCACGAACCUCUAACGAAAACGAAAUGUUCAUCAUCAACUGGCUCUGGGACGUAUUGGCCUCGUUGGGUCUCGCAAACAAGAGCGCCAAGCUCCUCUUCCUUGGUCUCGACAAUGCCGGAAAGACCACCCUCCUACACAUGCUGAAGAACGACCGAUUAGCAACCCUCCAACCCACUCUUCAUCCUACUUCGGAAGAGUUGGCCAUCGGGAAUGUCAAGUUUACGACCUACGAUUUGGGUGGACAUCAGCAAGCUCGUCGUCUCUGGCGAGAUUACUUCCCCGAGGUCGAUGGGAUCGUCUUCCUCGUCGAUUCGGCUGAUACCGAGCGUUUCGCCGAAAGCAAGGCCGAGUUGGAUGCGCUUCUGUCAAUCGAAUCGUUGAACCAGGUACCUUUCCUCGUUCUUGGCAACAAGAUCGAUGCACCAGGUGCGGUUAGCGAGGAGGAGCUGAGGCACGAGUUGGGUCUUUACCAGACUACCGGAAAGGGCAAGGUACCUCUCGAGGGAAUCCGACCUAUCGAGUUGUUCAUGUGCAGUGUCGUCAUGAGGCAAGGAUACGGGGAAGGUAUCCGAUGGAUGAGUCAGUACAUCUAAACGGGAAGAGAGGAUUUCGUCGCUCCUGACAGGGUUUCCGGGGAGAUGACCGAUGGGACGCGAUCGCGAUGAGCAGCGAGGCUGCUUUGUUGACUUCUUUUUAGCUGCAUCAACCUGGCUUGUGCGCAUGACGUCGCCUCAUUCGUCUCCUGGUGUCCGGGCGGUAUGUGAAGUUUCACGUACAAGGCGAAGCCUUCCGGGGAGGUGACUGCAUGUCGCCAUUUCGUCGAGCGUUUUUUGAACCGAUAUGCACCACAUCGACUUCGAAGAGAGCGAAGAGGAGAACAGUGAAAAGACCUAGG